AUGUCAGCUGCAAACGACACCCCCGCGUUUACCACCGCAAAGCUUCUCUAUUUCGUCGAACCUGAGGGCGGAGUGCGAGCUUUCCAGCAUAUCAACGCCGAUUCUGCAACUGGGGAGCGUAAGAAGAAUUUCACACGCGAGGAAAAGGAGAUGGUCAUAGAGAAUCUUCGUGGCAAGGAGGAUACCGUCUCUUUGGAUACCACCGGAUUCCAAUACUUUAGACACACGUCGAAACAUACAUCCUUCGCCAACGAUGAAGAAAUCUACUCGCAAUACUACCCAGAGAGUAUCGAACUCAUCAAAAAAUUGACAGGGGCUAGCCGGGUCGAGUUGUUUGAUCAUACCAUCCGUCGCAGACGUCCUGGGCAGGUUGACGACCACCCUGACCGCCGCCAGCCUGUAGCCCAAGUCCAUGUAGACCAAACGACAAGAUCGUCCAUCGCUCGGGUACACCGACACCUGCCGGCCUCAGAUGCACCUAAACUUCUCGAGAAACGUUUCCAAAUUAUCAACCUAUGGAGGCCAAUUGGACACCCUGCCAUUGAUUGGCCAUUAGCUCUGUGCGAUUAUCGAAGUGUUGAACCAAACGACACCGUGCCCGUGGCUCUUGUGUAUGAUGAUCGCGAGGGGGAGACGCUCGGUGUGAAAUACAACCCAAACCACAAGUGGAAGUAUUUGCAUGGAAUGACUCCGGAAGAGAUUGUUCUUAUAAAAUGCUUCGAUUCGGUGCAAGAUGGCAGCGUUGCCAUUUUCACUCCUCAUACGGGUUUCAGUGAUCCAAACACACCCGAGGGAACGCCUCUGAGAGAAUCGAUCGAGUUAAGAGCCCUCGUUUUCUACGAUUGA